AUGGAGACGAUCAAGGAAAAUCAGGACAAGAAAUCACAUAAGCAUGGGGUGCUCUCUGAGUCUGCACUUUUCUCGGUCGUGAAGCCGAACCCGUGGACGGCCGAUGUGGUGGUGUCUACAGCCAUGGAUGGUUUGACGGGGAGGUCUGCGUCUUUGAAGACACCGAUCGGCCGCAAGCCGAGCUCCCGGGUUCGCGAAUGGGUAAAGAGGUCGAACACUAGCGGGACCAUGGCGGCAACAAAGUCAACUGCCUCAGAGCCCCCGAAACCCAAGAUUAGACACCUGGGAGGCGGACGACUAGACGUGGUACGGGCCCAAGGACCCGCCAACAACACGACCCUUCUCGCGCCGGCCCCUAAACGGACGUUGAGGAGCCGAGCCAGUUCGAUCGAAAGCCGAGCAACGCAAUGGCUUGACUUUUACACCGAGUCACCCGAAGGCAGCAGGAAAGCCUCCACGCCGCCUCCCAUGCCCAACCUUUCUCGGUCUCCCGAGACGCCACCUAAUAGCGGGCAUAGACGUGCCGAGUCGCACUCUGAUCUACGACCAGCACCGCUCCGCGUGCCUUCGUCAGAGGGACGCCCGAGUCCUGACGAGCUCCCAACGCCACCCAAGCCCAAGCCUAGCCCAGCGGCAGCAGAACCGGCGGCAUCCAAACCCCUAACGCGGCAGAAUUCAAAGUGGAAGCCCCUUCCUACGCUUCCGGGCCCGGCCCAACAUCAGGACCACCCACCCCGGUUGAAACUAGACACAGUCACGGAGGCGAUCUCGGUGGAGUUUGGGUUUGAGAAUCCCGCAUCGGCAGCUGCAGCAGCGUCGUCGCCUACCCACCGCGGGGGACGCUCACCACCACUUGAGCAAAAGUUCAACGGAGUAGUCAUCCCUACCAUCCGCUUCGACUCGCCUCCUCCCACGCCUGACAGCAGCGCUGGCGGUGCUGCCAAGGUGCAUCUGGAGAAGAGGGGCAUGGACGGGCCCACACAGAAGAGCGAUGGCGAGCCCGACGCAUCAUUCUCAUCAUCGCACGCGGUGCCGGUCGCUGGGUCACUACCGGCAGACGCCCGCCCCAUGGGCUCGGCCCCGUGUCCCGGUUCAGGCUCCGGUUCAAGCCCAGGGCCAGGACGACAGAUUACCCGCCAAGAGCGGAUCUGGCUGCACGUCAACUACCGAGGCGAAGCGCCGUUUUUGCGAGCGUGGGGUCUGGAUAUCGCCAAGCCAACUGAUCGGGCGGAAGGGCUGGCUAUUCUCAGGGAGUUGAUCCAAGCCGAGGAGGGGCGGACUAAUAAAAGAUCGCGUGGGUCAAGGGAGACGUUGAACGGGGGACGGGGGCUGAAUUUGAUUUGA